CCCUUAUGAGUUUAAGGAUUACGCCGCGUAGUGGUGGGAGCAAGUUCGCCACGGACGACAAUAAAACAUGCGACUUCCGGUGACGACCUGGGACGAGUUGAGGGGGCUGAUGCGGGAGUGCUUUGGGCCAGCUUAUUAUUGUCGUGAAUUGCACGAGGCCUUGCAGUCAAUUCAUCAAGGAUCGAGGUCGGUGGAUGAUUACUACAAAGAACUUGAAAUGCUCUUGCUUCGAGCUGACAUUCGAGAAGAUACAGAGGCUACGAUAUUGAGGUUCUUGCCCGGCCUCAAUAGGGAAAUCCGACAAGAGGUGGAGAUGCGUCAAUUCAUUGACUUGGAGGAAGUCGUUCACCUUGCAAUCAAGGUCGAGAAGCAGCUGAAAGUGGGAACGGGACGGCGAUUUGCUCCAGUAGUUCCUCGUCCAAUCUCGACCCUGGAAUCUGCUCCAAUCGAAGCUCUUGCUUCAAAUUGACCAACGACGUCGAAGCCAGCCGUCCAAAUUGGUAAUCAAGAACGGUCUGGAGGAGGGAUAAGCAAGUUGGAAUGCUACAAGGCCUGAAUCAGUAAUAGUUGGCAAGGGAACAAUAAACACUAUGUUUGGGA